AUGACGUCCAUACGACCACAGUCAUGCUCCGCCAGUGCCCCCAACGGCCAGGCAAAAACAUGCGACAUUGAAAAGCAAAAUGAAACCUCUUCUCCAGAUGAGCCAUCGGAGAAACAGUCAAUGUUCUCAAGUCUCGGUCUCCUUGACCGAUUCCUGGCAUUAUGGAUCUUUCUUGCUAUGGCAAUUGGAAUCAUCCUGGGCAAUUUUGUCCCAAGCACAGGUCCUGCCCUACAAAGGGGGAAAUUCGUGGGAGUCUCUGUUCCUAUCGCUGUGGGUCUUCUCGUCAUGAUGUACCCUAUCCUGUGCAAGAUUCGGUUCGAAUCCCUGCAUCAUGUUUUCCGAGAGAAAGGUAUUUGGGUCCAAAUGGCCUUUAGUCUUCUCCUGAAUUGGAUUAUUGCUCCAUUUCUUAUGCUGGCCUUGGCUUGGGCGUUUUUGCCUGACGAGCCAGAAUUGCGACAGGGACUGAUCGUUGUUGGAUUGGCACGAUGCAUUGCUAUGGUACUGGUUUGGACAGGACUAGCCGGAGGCGAUAACGAAUAUUGCGCCAUCCUCGUCGCUUUCAACUCAGUGCUGCAGAUGGUUCUUUUCGCUCCAAUGGGAGUGUUCUUCAUCAGCGUUAUCAGCGGCGAUCCAGUCACAUUCGAGUAUUCAACAGCUGCCCAAAGUGUCGCGGUAUUUCUCGGAAUACCUCUCGGCGCCGCAAUCGUCACGCGUUUUGUACUCCGACGAAUUUCUGCAAAAUGGUACGAUGAAACCUUUUUGAAAUGGCUUAGCCCCUGGUCUCUCAUCGGCCUGUUGUUCACAAUCCUUGUGUUAUUCGCCUCGCAGGGCCGCCAUGUGGUCCAGCAAAUCGUCUCCGUGGUCCGAGUGGCAGCACCGCUCAUCGUUUACUUUCUGAUCAUCUUCUUUGCGACUCUCCUUGUGGCGUACAAAUUAGGAUUCGGUUAUAAGCUGGCCACUGUGCAGAGCUUUACAGCUGCUAGCAACAAUUUUGAAUUGGCAAUUGCUGUUGCGGUGGCGAUGUUUGGCGCGGAUAGCAACCAGGCUCUUGCGGCGACUGUCGGGCCUCUCAUAGAGGUUCCUGUGCUGUUGGGUCUGGUAUAUGCUGUUAAAUGGAUAGCUAGACGAAUUGGCUGGGAUGAUUAA